AUGAGUACACAGCUAAACAUAAAAGAUGAGACUGCACCACAUGUGGAAAAUUUGAAAAACGAAAACGCUGAAGCCCCUGGGGAGCUGGCUGGUGUUAAGGAAGGCUCCUGCUUCCAGCCUCGCUCCUGUUGGCCGCCAGCUGCACGAGCUGAUGCUGGGGAGGUGCAGACUGAGCCAGCUGUGAGAGGUCGGCCCCCACUCAGCACCCAGGCUUCUCGGCCAAAGACUCUAGGAAUUGCAAAGCCCCCGACUGCUUUAGUGCCUCCAACAGUGGCCGUGCUCGCGCGAUCUGCAAACCGUUCUGCUGCUUCCAAGGAGCCUGAGCUUCUGCCACCAAGUAGUCCCACUCGGCCAGAGCCAACAUCUGGUCAAACUAACCUAAAGGGUAAACAGAGCCAGAAAGUAUCUAAACUUCGCCCCCCAACUAUGUCCUUUGUUAAAUCUAAGCAAACGAGCAGUCAGAGAUCCUCACUGGUAUCUCCAGAGCCUCCAAACCCUUGUUCAAAGAUGAACAUCCCAAAGGCACCGGUGCCAAGAAAGGAAACGGUGCAAGUACCGAGCAGUGGUUUGCAUGGUGGGGAUAGCAUGCCCUCUGCUCGGCGUUCCCGCCUCCCUAAGCCAAAGACGCACUGA